CCGCGGCGGGAGAAGCCGCCCGGCUCCGCUGCUGCCCGUCAGCCGGCGCCGUCAUGCGGAGGGCGCUGCCGCCGCUCCGCGCUCUGCUCAGGGCCGGCGCCCCCCGGCUCCCGGCACCCGGCGGGCUCUGUGGCGCGCCGGCGGCCGACGGGGGCGGCCGCACGCUCAACAUACCGCCAUCCUUUGGUUUCCUUUUUGACAUUGAUGGUGUACUGGUACGAGGAAAGACUCCAAUUCCUGCUGCAAAAACGGCCUUUCAAAAGCUAGUGAAUCCUCAGGGACAAUUCUUGGUGCCUGUAGUAUUUGUCACCAAUGCCGGGAAUUGCCUUCGCCAGAAGAAAGCUGAUCAGUUGUCUCAUCUCCUGGGAGUUCCAAUUUCACAAGAUCAGGUGAUGAUGUCACACAGUCCUCUGCGGAUGUUCAAACGUUUUCAUGAAAAAUGUGUUCUUGUAUCUGGACAAGGACCGCUGCUUGAUAUUGCGCAAGACCUUGGUUUCUGUCAGCCUAUUACCAUUGAAACACUGAGGGAGAAACAUCCUUUGCUAGAUGUAGUUGACCAUGACAGAAGACCCAACGUUCUGUACCCUUCUGCUGUGGAGCUUCCCAAGAUUGAGGCUGUUGUUUUGUUUGGGGAGCCGGUCAGAUGGGAAACCAACCUUCAGUUGAUAAUAGAUGUUUUGCUGACAAGUGGCUAUCCUGGAAAUCCGUAUCGCCAUGAAAAUUACCCUCACAUUCCUGUACUUGCUUGUAACAUGGAUCUGAUGUGGGUAGCUGAAGCACAGUCUCCAAGGUUUGGGCAUGGAACAUUCAUGGUUUGUUUGGAAAACAUUUACAAGAAGAUCACUGGCAAAGAUCUAAAAUAUGAGGCCUUAAUGGGCAAACCUAGUAAACUGACCUACCAGUACGCAGAAUACCUCAUCAGGACUCAGGCAGCAGAACGGCAGUGGAAGCAACCUAUUCAGACUCUUUAUGCUGUCGGAGAUAAUCUCAUGACGGAUGUAUAUGGUGCUAACCUUUACAAUCGCUAUCUCGAAGAGAACUCCGGAAAAGGUUCAAAAUCACGGGUUCAGGCCAAAGUUGCUGGUGGCAGAGGCUCUGCCACUCUCUCUCAGGAUGAUGAAAUAGACAACAGUUGGGAGAAUGAAUUAGCAUCUGCAACUGCUGCCCACUGUAGGUCUGUUCUUGUUUGUACUGGGGUUUACAACCCUCACACUGAGGUGCCCUUAGAUACCAGGGAGAGCAUAUCUGAAACAGUGUUCCAUGGCCACAGAGAUUUUAGAUUUGAUCCUGGUCUAGUAGAACCAGAUCAUAUUGUACCAGAUGUUGAUGCUGCUGUAGACCUGGUCUUCCAGCUGGAGAGCUUUGCACCUAAUUGAGAUGAUGUGAUUUCUUAAGGACUACUCAGUGCUGUGCUUUUUAUCCCAGAAAACAAACUGUGCUUUAAAAUCAUGCCACAAACUGCUGCUUUCUGAAAUGUUAAACUUUUAAAUUAAUACAAUCUUAUAUUAAGUAUACAUAGGUAUAUUAAUAUACUUAAUAUAAGUGUAUUAAAUAUCAAUAAUUCUUUUUAAAGUACUUCAAAAUAUGUAAUUCUUUGCUUCAGUUGCCCUUUUAUUGUCCUUCUAUUCAUUAUGUUAGGUAUUUUAAUAGCAAUUUUUCAUAGUAGCUUAAUGCGUGUUACUGGUACUUUAAUUCCCACACCACACUACCUUCUUUUUUUUGCUGGAACAAAAGUUGGAACAUUUAGUUCUAGGUGUCUUCAGAAUAUUGGAUUAUGGUGCUAGGGUCAUUCACACCAUUACAAAUUGGCUGGUUUAGAGCACGACAUGUAUUACUGCAGGUAACGAGUGCUCUUUCAAAUUAGAGUGAAGUUCAUCUGUUCUGCUACUUUGUACUUGCUCCCAUAUAACCCUGCAGCCUUUCAUCUGUUUUCCCGUGUGUCCAAAGCUGCUGUUGCUCCUCGCUACUCUGACACGUAAAGCCUUAAUAGAAAUGCCCACGUAAGAUGGAGAAUGCUGACGUGUUAACACCAUUUUUGGAACUCCAGCUAAGCUGAGCACAGUCAUGUAAGAAAAGUGGCUAACAUUGGAUGUCCUGUGUGGCACAAUACCUGGCCUUUUUGUCUUUGCCUUUUUAUCUGCACUUUUUUGAGGAAUUUAGAAUCUUAGAAAGCUUUAGCAAUUACGUUUUGGGCGUUUCUGUCACUUGGACUUUUCCACUGAACAAGUGACUACUGUUUGGGCAAAAAGUGCCUAGUAAUUUACUUGAAGUUUCAUACUACUGUGGUAAUUAACCGGCCUUUAGUAUAAUAUAUUCCAUCUUGUGUCAAUGUUAUAUGUUGUUUGGUUCAUGGUUUUUAUAGCUGCUCAUUUAAAAAAAAACAAAAUAAGUUAUUUUAUGUUAUUUUUGUAAAAUACUUUAAAACAUUUUCAUCCAAAAGAUGUCUUUGAAAAUAUUUUUGUGUUGUUACAAGACAGUAUGAUGUACAAGUAUGGUAUACUUGUGACUUGACUUUGGGACACAUAAGCCAAUUAAGUGUGUUUUAAACGCAAAGUCAAAUUACACACAAAUACCGCUUAUCGUCACCUUGGGGGCUAGUCAGGUUUUUAUGGUGGUUUGUUCGUUUGCUUUUUUCCCCAAUUUUUUCAAUUAGAAAUAGCAGAAACGAAAAUCUGUGGGUUUUCCUUUCCCAAGUUCCUGCAGAACUAGCAGAGCACUAGCUUAAAAGCAUUAAUAGACAGAUGGUGGCCAGGAAGUAAUUUCACUUUAUGCCAACUUCUUCACUGCUUAUUAUCCUGAUACCAAAACCUGAAAACAUCACAAAGAGAAUAUUGCUGCUAUGCAGUCAGCUUUUUGUUGUGUUUUCUCCAUUUGCAAACCACUGUAAUCCCCCUCUCUGUUAUCAGGACUGUUGAGUCAUUCACUCUUGAGUGUUUCAUCAGUAGUUUUCAACGUAUCUUGCUGGAUCCAGUUUAAGGACACUGCUCUGAACAGUGUGUUUUCUGUUUCUUCACUGGGAAGGUAUCACAGCAGCACAUUCUUGCCUUUUCUUAUUGGUUACAAUAAACAGAUAUAUACUUAUUUCUUUAGCACUUUUCUGUAAUAUGCCAACUAUUUGCAAAGUAUGCCAAAUCUUUCUAAGUAAAGAUUGUAGUUUUGUAAAAUGUCAGGAUGACUUGAAGUUGCAAUGUUUUUAGUAUGGAAGCAUGUUGCAGAGCUCUUUUAACUACUACUGAAAGCAGUUUCAGGCUGUCAGUGAAGCAAGGAAUAAAAAUGUGGAAGUUGAUGUCAAGAACAGAAAAUGUUCUCUUUGUUUCUUAUUUUUUCCCCAGAAUAUGCAUGAAUACUUAAAAAGGUUCAUGAAGGAACUGUGUAUAUGUGGGUUUCAUCCCUCAUGGAAACAUUAGGCUACAAUGCAUAUGCAGAAAAAAAAUAAUGUUUGGCUGCUAAUCAGGCUGCUACUGUUUUUUAACUGAAAGGAAGGCAGGUUUUUAGUCUAUAUCCCUCUUGGACCAUUUGGGCUACGUCUGUGUUGCAGGGGUGUGAAUGUUGCCUGAUGAGUCUGAGCAAUCUUUAAUGUGAUUCUUCAUAUGAACUGAGUCCCAGUAGUGGAGUAGUGUGCCACUAGAUACUGAGCUGUGUCAGCGUGAAACAAAAAAUUGGCAGUUGUUGCCACAAAUGGUGGCCAAAGGUGAUUAAUAAAGGGUGUUACUACGAAACACAAAAGAAAAAUGUUAGUGUAGUAGACGCUUGUGGUAUGCCAGUGAGCUAGGCAAAGAUUUUGGUGACGUAUCAUGAAAAGUAAAUUUUUAAGGAAGGAUUUGAAGGAGUAUAGUGAGUUACCGUUGAGGAUGUUUUUACCUGGAGCUCUUGCCAAAUGUGAAGGACCUCACAGCAUCCACUUGCUUGAUGUUCACACAGCUUCAUUGCAGUGCUGAGCUAGGUACAUUGCAAUUAAAUUGUGUACUCCCUAAUGAGUGCUGCAACCCCACAGUAUAGGUCUAGCUCUAGAGCCUGGAAGCAAGCUGCUUCCUUGGUGGCAUGUUCCAAUGUUUAUGUGCACCGAGCCCUUAUACUGCAGUUAGAAUUUUAAAGUAUUACUGGUAUUAGUAAUAUAGCACACUUCUCAAUAUAGCAAAAAAAAAAAAAAAAAAAGCAUGUGUGUUCCUCCCUCAGUGCAUCCCGCUCCAGUUUACAUUUCUGCUUCAAUUUCUGUUGAAAAUAUUUCUGCUAAAGUACUGGUAUGUGACCAGGCAAACCUGCCAUUCCAUCUGCUUUACUGAAUAGUGAAUUCUGCAGAAGACUUGUAAUCUUGAUCUUUUUACUCAUGUGACCCUUCAAAAAGUAGACGUUGUUAAUUAUGUUAUUAUUUAAUGUUUUACAAAUGAAGAUGCUACACUGACAGAAUUCCAACUCUUUGAAUUUUGUGCCUCCUGUUCACUCAGGAAGUGGUACAGGUGAGAAUUUUUUUGAAAAGUGGUGUCAUAAAACAUCGCAUCGAGUUACCACUGUCACUUCUAACACUUCCUUUGGUAUUUUAAAGUGAAAUAUAGUGAUUCUUUGUUAGUAACAAGCUAAGAUGUGGAAAUCCUUAGAAGAAAUCUCAAUCUCUGGUAUUGGAAAGAUUUUUUUUUUCAGAGUUCUUAAGGAAAACUGCAUUUAGUAAAACAUUCUUUCCAAUUAUUCAGCUAAGAGUGAGAUGAAUGAAUAUUAUAUUAGUUAAGAAAAAGACCAAGAUCCGGUCUUAACUUUUGCUCUCCUUUCCAUGAAUGUCCUCUUACCUGGAUUUUCACUCACCUUCUUUAAUAUGUUUUCAGCUUUGACAUUUACCUCUUUGAAAUAGAUGGUGUUUCCCACAUGGUAUGUUCAGUGUAUUUCAGUCAUAGCAUACGUAAACUCUUGGAUGUUACAAUACUACUCUGACGUUUAGAAUGUACUGUUGAAACACCUAAGUGACCGGGAUGUGCAGAAAUGGAUCACUGAAAUCAGUUUUAAAAAGACUUCUGAGAAUCUUGCUGAAGUUCCCGGUAAGCAGAACUUGCUCUUUGUUUGUAUAUUAGUAUCUUUGUUCUUGAUACCUUUUGUUCUAUUAAAAAAAACACCUCAAAAACAA